AUGCGGUUCCGCGCAGGCAUACAGAAUGUGCACACGUUCACCAAGUUCACGGCCUCACUCGCUUCUCUCGGCAACAUUGCCUGGCUCAGACUGGACGAAAAGGAUGUACGCUUCACUGUCAUUCCUGAAACUGGUUCCCAAGUUUGGUCGGUCCUCGCCAUCGACACAAUCUUCGAAACGUACAGCAUUCAGUCUGCCGCCGAGGGCAACACCAUCAAUCUCGAAGUACCGCUUGCGCCACUGCAACGAGCGCUGAAGAGUGCUGCUCAUGCGACAUCCGCGAGCAUUCGCCUCACCAAGAAGGACAACGUGCCCUUGCUGUCGCUCACGAUCGCAACUCAGCCGAUCAACAGUAGUGCUUCAAAUGCCAAUGGCCAUCCUGGCUACGACAGACACAGCGGAGAGGAUGCCGACUUCUUGACUGCUAGGCAGGAGCGGGAGACUCUCGUCACACAAGACAUCCCCAUACGCGUUCUUGCACCAGCCUCUGUCGAUGGCUUGCACGAGCCAAGAUCUCGACUGCCGGACGUGCACAUCACACUGCCGAAUCUCAUGCAGUUGAAAGGCAUCAGCGAUCGCUUUACCAAGCUAGCCAUGUCGGCAAAAAGCACACGAGGUGGCUUUACUAAGUCUAUGGCUGGGCCGAAGCUCGAGAUCAGCGCGAACAUGCAUGGUUGUCUACGACUCACGCUGAAUACAGAUGCGAUGCGGAUCAACAGUCUCUGGACCGGACUCGAGAAUCCAGAGCUUGAUCCUUCGCAAGUCGAAGACGGUGUGGAUGGGCUUGCAAACCAUCCGAGUACCCGAAUGAAAGCGCUCGGCGACGCUUCUGGACAGAGCGAAGAAGGCUGGGCGACCGUGCGUGUGGAUGGUCGAGACUGGGGACGUGUGUUGAGCGUCGGUCGUCUGGGCGGAAGAGUAAUUGCCUGCUUCGCUGACGAGCAUGCGCUCGUUCUAUAUGUCUUCCUCGACCGUGAUGAUCCUGGUGGCGGCGAAGAUGUGCUUACGGUAGGACUUUCUCGUCCACGCAAGUCUGUCCCAUUUCUGACUGAAGCCACAGUAUUACAUCUCGUCCUUCGUGCCAUAAUCAAAUCCACAUGUCGAUGUACCAACACGCAUUGGUGGAUGAUCGGUCAGCUGCUCCGUGCGGCGCGGCUGGGUCGUGUGUUGGCGUGCUGGCAAGGGUUUCUAGACGGACCGAGAAAUGUCUCACAUGCCCACUUGCACUGUUCACAGCGACUGUUGUGUAAAACUACAAAAGUACAUAGCAUGACGUCGAAUCUCACACAGAGUGUGAUUGUUCAGCUCCCGAUCUGA